GAGACUCCGGGCGAAGAUGGCGACAGUGAGGAAGGCUUUCCCACAGAGGCUGGUGGGCUUGGCGUCCCUCCGGGCUGCGAGCACCUCCUCCAUGGGCACCUUGCCGAAGCGGGUGAAGAUCGUGGAAGUCGGCCCCCGAGAUGGUCUGCAGAAUGAAAAGAGUAUCGUGCCGACGCCAGUGAAAAUCAAACUGAUAGACAUGCUAUCCGAAGCAGGGCUCCCGGUCAUCGAGGCCACCAGCUUUGUCUCUCCCAAGUGGGUGCCGCAGAUGGCUGACCACUCUGACGUCUUGAAGGGCAUUCAGAAGUUUCCCGGCAUCAACUACCCGGUCCUGACACCAAACAUGAAAGGCUUUGAGGAAGCGGUAGCUGCAGGUGCCAAGGAAGUGAGCAUCUUUGGGGCUGCGUCCGAGCUCUUCACCCGGAAGAAUGUGAACUGCUCUAUAGAGGAGAGUUUCCAGCGCUUUGAUGGGGUCAUGCAGGCCGCGAGGGCUGCCAGCAUCUCUGUGAGAGGGUAUGUCUCCUGUGCCCUCGGAUGUCCCUACGAGGGGAAGGUCUCCCCGGCUAAAGUUGCUGAGGUCGCCAAGAAGUUGUACUCAAUGGGCUGCUAUGAGAUCUCCCUUGGGGACACCAUUGGCGUAGGCACGCCAGGACUCAUGAAAGACAUGCUGACUGCUGUCCUGCAUGAAGUGCCUGUGGCCGCAUUGGCUGUCCACUGCCAUGACACCUAUGGCCAAGCUCUGGCCAACACGUUGGUGGCCCUGCAGAUGGGAGUGAGCGUUGUGGACUCCUCGGUGGCAGGACUCGGAGGCUGUCCCUAUGCAAAGGGGGCGUCAGGAAACUUGGCUACCGAGGACCUGGUCUACAUGCUGACUGGCUUAGGGAUUCACACGGGUGUGAACCUCCAGAAGCUCCUAGAAGCCGGGGACUUCAUCUGUCAAGCCCUGAACAGAAAAACCAGUUCCAAAGUGGCACAGGCCACCUGCAAACUCUGAGCCCCUUGUUCACCUAAACCGGAACUGUGGGAGUUGGGUGUACACAAUGAUUCCUGGAUGGGGAAAUGGAAUGAAGGCAAAUGAGCCGGCCUCACAGAGGUCCCUCUCCUACAUAGAAGGGCUAGAGCUGCCAGCACGCCCGGACCAGCUCCCCAGAGCUGCGUGCCUAAGCACUGCUUGGGCUGGCCCUGGGUGAGUCCACUAGCCAGCAGAGCUGACAUCCAUGUGCCACGACCGCGGGUCCCAUGUUCUACCUCUGAGGACAGCAGCGCCUUUGCUAAAAUGGUGGGCUCAAUCUGCUGCGGUGGCCGACUGCCAACUCCAGCGUCUCUGGGAAAUCUCUGUACGUGAUUCUUGAAAACAGCUUAUGUAAUUAAAGGUUUAAUUUUCUAAUAUC